CCUGACAAUCAGCGGAUCCUGUGCUCAGUCAGCCCAAACACCCCCGGUGACUAAGUCGGAUGUCUUCGAUGGAAGAGCGGAUGGAAUUAGGCGUCGCGGCCGCGCCAGGCUCCUCAUCGUCGGGUCUGGGUGUCGGUCCUGUGGGGGGCGCCCUGGACGCUGGCCCGGGCAGCGCCGGACUGGCGGGCAUCCAGGAGGAGUCCGGUGUGCGGAGAGACGGUUCUGGUUCCGAGGCCGACCCGGACGCGCCGCCCAAGAAACGCGUGAGGCAGCAGGAAGGAGAAGCAGGGAAGCUCGAGGAGCGCCUGUACUCGGUGCUGUGCUGCACGGUGUGUCUGGACCUGCCUAAAGCCUCGGUGUAUCAGUGUACAAACGGGCACCUGAUGUGCGCAGGCUGCUUCAUCCACCUGCUUGCUGACGCGCGUCUAAAAGAGGAGCAGGCCACAUGUCCCAACUGCCGCUGUGAGAUCAGUAAGAGUCUGUGUUGCAGGAACCUUGCGGUGGAGAAAGCCGUGAGUGAACUGCCCUCUGAGUGCAGCUACUGCCUCAAACAGUUCCCUCGCUCCAGCCUCGACCGCCAUCAAACAGAGGAGUGUCAGGACAGAGUGACACAGUGCAAGUACAAGCGGAUUGGCUGCCCGUGGCAGGGGCCGUCCCAUGAGCUCAGCGCUCACGAGGCAGAAUGUUCCCACCCAUCCAAAACCGGCAUGGAGCUGAUGGGCAUCCUGGACGAGAUGGACCAGAGCCAUCGCAGAGAGCUACAGCUCUACAACAGUAUCUUCAGCCUGCUGUGCUUUGAGAAGAUCGGCUUUACAGAGGUGCAGUUCCGGCCGUACCGCACCGAUGACUUCAUCACGCGACUGUACUACGAGACGCCGCGCUUCACAGUGUUAAACCAGACCUGGGUGCUAAAGGCGCGGGUCAACGAUUCAGAGCGCAACCCCAACCUGUCCUGCAAACGCACACUCUCCUUCCAGCUCAUCCUGAAGAGCAAAGUGAACUCUGCACUGGAGUGCUCUUUCCUGCUCCUGAAGGGCCCGUACGAUGAUGUGAAAAUCAAACCCGUCAUCCAGCACCACGUCUUCUCUAACGACGCCAACGAAACCGAGUACGCCCUGCUGCCCAUCAGCGACAGCGUGGAGUGCAACAAGCUGCUGGCUGCCAAAAACAUCAACCUCCGCCUCUUCAUCUUUCAGAUCCAGAAAUAGAGGCACGCGACGACGGGGAUGGAAGACACGGAUCAGACAACAGUAGGAGGAAGAGGGGAUGGUGUGAACAAAGAAGCAAAGACGGGAGAUGAGCACCACUGAACCACAGAUACCUCUAUGGGAGCAAAAGAAGGACGAAUACGGCCCAUCAGUACUGCAGUAGAUCGUUUGUUUGUGUGUGAGUGUGUGUUGUUGCUGGUUAGCUUUCAGACCCUCUACGGCCAAAAAAAAAGUCAACGGUCUCACCCAACACCCUGCUGAUGUCUCACUGGCAGAGCGGGACGGGCCUGAAUGAACAACACCAAGAGUCUGGGACUGUUUUCGUGUGUUUUUGGGCCUGUUUGUAUGGGUGUCAGUCAGUAAAGACCAACAAGAUGAGUGAUACAAGGAACAAGGCUGAGCGAGUGCUAGAGAUAGAGACCGGUGUAGUGAAACCAAUCAUUCAGGCAGCGUUCAACUCUGCGUUUGUGUGUUUUCACGCAGUUUUCAGACCUUCCUCUCAAGGCUUUCCCACACAGACGCUGCGGCGCAGCAGCCGAAACUGCUUUAAGUGUAUUUUUGUAUGUGAAGGUGGCCAUUUUCAUCGAAGCUCUGCAGUACAAUUAAGCUGAACAAAAUGGCUGCCGAACCCACAACCCGAAAAAUGCGAUUUGCAUGUUUUUAGUUUUUCAGUGUGCUCUCUGGAAAGCACAGUUUUAGUUGCGUAGCAUCAUAGCCUUGUAAUCUAAUUUAAGUUUGACCUUAUUAACACAUUUAUUUAAGAACCUGUGAAUCUUGCCUUUUUCCCCCUUCCUGUGAAUUGUUUUCCUAAUUGUCUUGUCCUGUUUAACCCCCACUGGUUUGUGAACACAGGUACAUUUCUCACUUCAUGAUGUCAUCGGGUUAUAGAUAUUUAUAUUUAUUGCUUUUAUUUAACCUGUAUUAAUUGAUGAGGUAACAGACAUUUCUCACUCACUCACUCACUCACUCACUCAACACUGCAAGACUGGAAAGAUCUGAUUUUGAGCCAUUGUUACGGACCCCUUCCCUUCUUCCACCCUCAUCCACACGCACAUAAACAAACACGCGCGCACACAAAUGACCUGCUUUCAUACCUUCGUUAAAAAUGCACACACACACACCCUCACUCACACACACACACACACACACACACACACACACACAGCUGGGGGUUACAAAAGAGCCAAUGGAGUAAUCGGAUCUCAGUUCGGAUGAACGCGGCUGUGACUUAGUUUUGACAUACUUGAAUUCAUGAACGACAGAACAACAAACAGUUUAGCUGAUCUGGCAGAGACUGUCACUUCUGAUUAGAGGAGUUUAGUUCAAACUGUUUCUGCAUUUAAAAGCUUUUAAUUCUCACUCUGGCUGUAUAUGUGCCUUUCUAUUAAAGCUCAUUUAAACUUGU